AUGUUACUCAAAAACAUAUACAAUGUUGACACUAUAAUUGUUGAUGAAUGCUCAAUGAUAAGUCAACAAGUUUUUGACAGUGUAAAUAAUGUUUGUAAAAUUAAAGACCCAAGUCGUGAUUUUGGAGUUUACAGUCAAAGGCUUAAUACUGAUAUAGCUGUAAGAGAGCAGUAUCCACUAAAACCUGCAUUUGGACGUACCAUACAUAAAGCACAAGGAAUGACACUAAACCGAGCAGAAGUUGACUGCAGAGAUAUAUUCAGGCCUGGUCAUCUUGGUGUAGCAAUGUCACGUGUAACUACAUCUGCAGGUCUAAGGGUCAUCAACUAUCACCCUAGAUACAUCAUACCUCCACCUCAGACUGUUAAAGAUUUUGUAAAUGAGGCAUCACAACCAGCUUUCCCUGACUUAACAUGUUGCAGAAACUCACACAGUAAAUCUGAAGAUGCUGCACCACUCAGUUUUGAACAAGUUGAUGACAGUUCUGCACAAAGUGCUGAUAUAGAAGAUAUUGACUGUGAAAAUGGUGAUGACGACUUUGAUGAAGAAUUUAAUACAGUUAUAGCCACAAUUAUAUCUGAUGAAGCUGAAUCUGUUGAAUUUGAGAUUCCAGAAGGAUUUGAUAUUGACAGUGUUAUGCAGUCAAUGCUUUACAAAAAAGAAGUAACUGAUACACAUGUUUGUAUAAAUAGAAUUAUUCAUGAAGUUGACAGUCAUAGACUUAUUACAUUUGUCAAAAAACUGUUUCUGAAAUUGGCUAGUUACAUCACAAAGUUAACAGGCAACAAGUCUAUCUCGAAUGGAAUUCCGGAAAAGAAUAUUGUCAGUUUCUACCGCUUGGUACAUGAGUUCAGUACAAGUGCAGAGUAUAGAAUGAGUUGUUUUAUGUUAUUUCAUGGAGAGGAUUUCACAGAUAAUCACAUGAUAGUUUGCUACAACUUAAUAGAAGCUGUUAGGUUGUUCUAUUUAAAGCAAAAGGUUGAUUUGUUGAAAAUUAGCAGCAGUUUUAUUACAAAAAGGCGUGUGACAGACGCAUCCAGAGCUCGUGUACGGUAUGUUGCAGGCUAUUGUUUAGCAUCUCUCAGAAAAAAGUUUAUUAAAAUUCAAACAAGCAAUUUAUGUUCUACCAGCAAGGUAGGUCAGGACAUGUAUAUUGAAGCCAAAUGGAUAAAUUACAUUCUUAACAUCCUCAGGGAAGAUGAACAUUAUUUGAAAGCUCACACUGAAGAGCCAGAUUCAUUACUUGAUAUUGAAAGGAAGCAGUAUGCAUCAAGGGGCUUAAUAAAUUUUCGGAAAGACAUUAAGUCUGCAUAUAGGGUUGAAAAAACUAUGGCUCAUCGUAAGCAGAUUAAGGUGACGACGCAAAAGCAAACUGCUGGUGAAUCAUCAUCCAAUAAAUGUAAAAAUGUCAACAAAACAUCUGUUGUGCACAAUGUUCCAAAAGAGACGGAUUCAUCAGAUGCAAUUGUGGCUGAACCAGGCCCGUCCUUGGAGCCCCAGGCCAGUAUGUCUGACGAACCUGAGCCUGGGCCAUCUGGACUUCAAGCUGGAUCAUCAGACACUGAAGAUACCACUGACUUAUGUCACUUCUGUUUUAUUGACAAAGAUGAUGAAUGGAUACAAUGUGAUUCGUGUAACAAUUGGUAUCAUAGAAAGUGUUUGAAAAUUAAAAGCCUUAUGUUUUCUAUAAAAAGAAUUUAG